AUGUUUUUAGCCUUAAGCCUGCAGCGGCGCACCGUCAUUCCCGGUCAGAUUCCCACGAAUGCCUCUUUGGGUGGUGGGCCGGCGUCCAGCACGCCCGGAUGGGAGCUGCGACGCGGCCACCAAUUGCAUAGCAGCGUAGGUCUACAUACCCCCUUUCCGACAGCUUGCGGCCGAACAUUUAAUCCGCAGCUUUACUACGAGGUUCUGCAGGCAUGUUGCGAUCAACACUGGCUGCAGGCUAUUCAAAGGGAGUUGCGGAGUGAUACGGAGUGGAUGGAGACACUCAGUCGUGAGGGCGGAGUGGCAAAGACUAUGAACGCCCUGACGGAGUCCACAUAUCAUGACGAUGAAUUUAUGAUGAAGAUGCAAGACAUCCUUGAGACGGACAAGAAGAUGUCUUUAAGGUUGUGCGCCAUUCAGGAAGGCUACGAGCGUAUUCGAAACGAGAGGGACAUGCAUGAGACACAAGUAGCAGCUGAUGGCGGGAAUGAUCCGUACGCAACUAUGCGAAAAAAGCAACAAUGA